AUGGACGCCAAACAUCCAGCUUCAAGUUCGGUCCCUAUGACGGACGACAAGCAGCUAGGGGAGAUUAUCCCCCUGUCGGUCUCCUACUCCGAGGAUGAAGCCGCCGACAUUCAAGCCAUGAAAAUUCACCGUCGAUUGUCUAGCCGACAGGUUCAUUUGUCUGCUAUUGCUGGCACCAUUGGAGCCGCAUUGUUCGUAUCAAUCGGUGGUGGCCUUUACAAUUCCGGCCCUCUGGCAUUGUUUCUGGGAUUUCUAUGGUGGUCAACUGUCAUCUUUGCCACGGCCCAAUGUCAAUUGGAGACGGUUUCCUUGUUCCCAUGGGAUGGCUCUUUCGUUCGCAUCGCCGGGCGUUGCGUCGACCCUGCUUUCGGCGCAGCUGCCAGCUUCAAUUUCCUGUUCCUGCAGGUUACGGACAUCAUCUUUGAGUUGACCGUCUUCAAUACUGUUGUCGGAUACUGGGACGCGGACCUAAGCCCAGCGAUCACAAUAUCUGCAAUGUUGGUUUUCUAUUUCAUUAUGAAUAUGUGGCGAGUGGACUGGUACGGAGAGGUCGAAUUCUGGAUUGGCAUGGGCAAAGUUUUGCUUGCCAUUGGUCUCAUUUUCUACACGUUUGUGACCAUGGUUGGGGGCAACCCGUUACACUGGGCAUUUGGGUUUCAUUAUUGGAAACAUCCUGGUGUUUGGAAAGGGGACGAUUCAGCUCAUCAAUUUGAAUCUUUUGUCCAGGCUGCUAUCAAGGCCGGAUUGGUCAUCUGUGGUCCAGAGUUCAUAUCCAUGAUUGCCGGAGAAGCCGAGGCUCCAAGAAGGGUCGUACCGCGGGCUUUCCGUACACUGCCUCACCGUCUCCUUUUCUUUUAUAUCUUUGGGGCGCUCUGUGUCGGCAUCCUCGUCCCAUAUACUGAUGAGCGCCUCCUUGGUGGCGGCAAAUACGCUGCUAAGAGUCCCUAUGUCAUCUCAAUGGUCAACUUGAAGAUUCCAGCACUGCCGUCUGUUGUGAAUGCAGCUCUUCUAACGUCGAUCCUGUCUGCCGGUAACAACUAUGUAUUCGCUUCCAGUCGGUCUUUGGUGGCAAUGGUAGACCAGGGAUUUGCACCACGUUUCUUCGCCCGGAAAAAUCGCAAUGGCGUACCCUAUAUCGCUGUACUCUUCAUGCUGGCUUUGGGAUGUUUCUCCUAUAUGGCGCUUGGUAAAGGAACGAACGAUUUCUUGAAUUGGGUCAUCAGUUUCGCAACCGCUGCGCAAAUGAUCAAUUGGUGUGUUAUGUCGGCUACAUGGAUUCGUUUCAACGCUGGGCUCAAAGCUCAAGGGGUGGACCGCAAACACUUCCUCCCUGCUGUCUCAAGAUGGCAACCAUUUGCUGCCUGGUAUGCUUUCUGUUGCUCAUUCGUCAUGCUCUUUGUGCAAGGCUAUGCAGUCUUCAAGCCGGGGCAAUGGGACACUCCCACAUUGUGA